AUGUCCACCACAACCAACAACAUCGACGUCUCCGGUGCUUACUUCUCGACCUGGCCUUCUCCCGAGGAACGUCAGCGCGAGGCCUGGCGCCAGUACAAAGCCAUGGCGAAGGAGCUUGCAGAAGGCGCCGAGGAAGCCCAGGCCAAGAGGGCUUAUUUUGAGCGGGUCAAGGCCAAGAAGGCACACACAUGGACCGGCGUCCACCAACCCCGCCCGAAGCCCGGUCAAGCCUUCCACCACUGCCGCAAGCACCAAUAUGGGUGGAACAAGUCGCGCCCCAUCGACUGCCGGUUUGCAACUCUGGACGAGAGUACAGGCGCCAUCCGUUUUGACAGCAAUGCAGCGAUGGCAGAGCGCGACCGCGUCCACGACGCAUAUGUGCAGCUUAGUGCUGCAUAUGCCUGGGAUAAGGACGGCGUUUCCUGGCCGGACGUUUAUAAGAAUGAGUUUUCCUUUGCUCGAUAUGAGUAAUAAAAAAAUUUAAAAAAAAA